GGUGAUGUGGACAGAGUGAAAUCAAUCCUGCAAGAUCUCAGUCAGUUUCCACCAACAACUAAAUUUGAGCUCUGCUGUCAGGUCAAUGGGCAUAUCUUAUUAAAUGAUUAUGAAACAGCUCUGUCUCUGGUCUCAUCUGUUAAUGAGGAAAAGAAUCAAUCUUUAAUGAUACCAGAGACUGUCUUAAAGGAUUUUAAUGAUGUACUGGAGAAAGAAAAUAAAAGAGAAGAGUUGCAAAGACUACAAGAGAUUACUGAGUUAUUGGAGAAGAAUGGUAAAAUCUCAUUUAAAGUUGUGAUGCAAAAUCUAGAGCUUUAUUAUCAUAGGCUUAACAACUCUAUCAAGCAAGGUAAUGUGGAAAGAGUGAAAUCAAUUUUGGAAUAUCUGAGUCAGCUUCCACCAAAGAAUAAAUUUAAGCUCUGCUGUAAGAUCAAUGGGCAUAUCUUAUUGAAGGAUUAUGAAACAGCUCUGUCUCUGGUCUCAUCUGUGAAUGAGGAAAAGAAUCAAUUUUUAAUGAUUCCAGAGACUAUCUUAAAGGCAUUUAAUGAUGUACUGGAGAAAGAAGAUAAAACAGAAGAGUUGCAAAGACUACAAGAGAUCACUGAGUUAUUGGAGAAAAAUGGUAAAAUUUCACGAAAAGUUGAGAAGGAAUCCGAAUGAUGAGAUUUAGAUUUAAUGAGAUAUUAUAGUAGCAUUAAAAAGCUACAGGUUUAAUGUAAAUAUUGUUAAUAAAUUCUUGUUUAAUAUUUGAGUUAAAACUUAUAUUAUACAAUUAAAAUGUCUUUAUUUUAACUUAAUAAAAUUAGUUGAGUGCAAAAAUUGA